AUGUACAGCGGCUUCUCGUUUUUCACGUCGGGCCCGAGCGGCCGCGGCAGCGGCAGCGGCAGCAGCCAACGAACAGUGGAUCAAUACGGCAAGGACCGAGACAAGAAACGGCCCCUUCUGCUCGAUGCGGUCAUGGGGAGUCAGGAACGCGCCUCUCGUAGCAGCAGCAGGCUACUUCAGAUGCCCGCCGAGAUUCUGGCCGAAAUCGUCAACUUGUUAGGCGACAGCAAGUCGGCUCUGGCAAAUCUUGCCCUCGUCAAUAGUGACUGCCGGCAGCUUGCCCGCACCUCUCAAUUCGCCGAGGUCACCUUUGACUACAGUGCCCGGUCCAAGGGGCUCUUUGCCCACUUGGCGAAGGAAGCUGGGAGUCAAACCACCAAGCCCUCGAUUGCUGCUUGCGUACGAAGGGCCACCUUUGCGGCCCAUCCAUCCAGGGAUGUCGACGACGUGCUCUGGGCUGUCAAGAGUUCAUCAUUGUCUGAGGAGGACAUUCAAACGUACAUCAAGCUUCGAAACGCAUUGGCCCAUGGCCUCUCGGCAAUGCCCAACCUUGAGGCCCUCAUCUGGGUUUAUCCCCUUGCUCUGGACACGGCCUUCUUCCAACUGAUAACCCAAUCGAAGGCCCAGCACGUCAAGCUGAGCAGAAUCAUGGUGAAUGGACCACCCGGUUCAUUGGAGCCGCCGCUACUGCCUUCGACGUGGCCGGUUUUUUCAUCGCUUUUCCGACUUUGCUCGCCAACCCUCGAGUCCCUGAGGUGGAGUUACAAGGGCUCAAUCUACUCCGGCGAAAGUCACUGCAUCUCAUUCGGCAAAGAUCCCAUAUCGUUUCCCCGUCUGCUAGAGUUACAGCUCGAGUUUGUCCAACUCAGUGACGUCGAGUUUUCAUCACUAUUCCCUCCCCAUCUUCGGGCUAUCCAGUUAUCUGGCGAAAUUACGAUAGAGGAUGCGGCUGAGGACCUUUGCAACCGGAAUUUCCCACAUCUUGAAGCCUUUGCCAUUCCUAGAUUGCCACUUCACCCUCAGUUUUGCAAACUGAUUACGGAUUUCAUCCUACGGCACCAGCAUGUUAAGAAACUCUAUAUUCAUGAGGCAGACUGGGUAAAAGGCAGAGAUGCGCAUCUGGAUCGCGUCAUCAUUCCGGCCCUUACUGGUCAUAACUUCAGUCAACUUCGCUCUCUUUCGUUGGCUUGGGGUGGAGGCAGUGACGAAGAUGACGACCACAUUCCGCACAAUCUUCGCAUUCCCAAAAAGUCGCUCUUAGCACUCGAAGCCCUGACUUCUCUUGAGCAACUGAGUCUCGCCGUCGGCAACCAGACGGGAGAGGAAGCUCAAUGGGCUGUAAAGCACGACAAACUACUUGCUUCCUUGGGCAAGCUACAGAAGCUCAAAAAGCUAGCCCUGUCCCGUGACACCUAUCCAAUCCCCCUGGACGAAGAUGACCGUUAUUCUGAUGACUAUUACGAGGCAUGCGCUGUCACCGACGCAGAGAUUCGGGAUGCUAAGCUCCGACCAGAGCUUGACAUUGAAGAGGACCUUGAGGGGACUGGACUUGACGACGAAGGUUCUGAUGAUGAUGACAUGCGAGACUGGACUAGGGCUCAUCGAAACCGCAUGCUGAGCCAUGCCGAAAGAUAUGCAGCAGUUCUACCAGAAUUGGAAUGGAUGUUUUGUGGACGAUGGCCCAUGGGGAUCGUGCGAGACCCCAAGAAUCCCGCUGCGCCGGUCAAGGCAGUGCCUUUGUCACGAAGUAUGGAUGAAUGUGUCACGUUCCUAAAGAAGACAUUUGGAUGUGAGGUCAGUCAAACUUGA